AUGUUAAUCGAAGCAGGAGAUUGGAUCUGGAAUACUCCUGUUACAGAGUACAUUCCUGAACUGGCUGACGUUGUGAACCGUCGAGAUGGAAAAAAAGAUCCGGUUAGCUAUGUUGACUGGGAAGCUAUUACAGUUGGCCAACUCGCAAGUCAUAUGGCGGGAAUUUCUAGGGGUUCUUCGAUGCCCGAUUUGAGUGAACGAGAUGUCUCUUCGCUAACCGGUUUACCAGGCCUUUCUGGCUCUGAUGUCCCUCUAUGUAUUUCGCAACUCUCGUGCAACCGAACCGAAUUCUUCGCGUAUGUUGUCCAACAACCUCCUGUGGUGCUUCCGGGAACUACACCAAUCUAUUCCAACGAUGCAUUUCGAAUCUUGGGGUACAUCGUGGAGUCCAUUUCUGGAAAAUCGUUCGCGGCCGUGCUUAACCAACGCAUUAUUGAACCUCUCGAACUAAGGAAGACAAGUCUUCUCUCAGAAAAUAUGUCACUGGGAGGACUUCCACCUGAUACGAAUAGUUCUGGGUGGAUGCAACGGGGAGCAGAAGCAGCUGCAAUUUCAAUGGUCUCCACUGUUACCGAUCUAGCCAUUGCUGGGAAAGCUAUCCUGACGGGAGCUCUCUUGUCGGGCGCCCAAACCAACCGCUGGUUGAAACCCGUUACCCACACUUCAAACCCUGCGAACUCAGUAGGGUAUCCAUGGGUUAUAUACAGCGGAGGAGGCUAUCCCGAUACAUCGAUGAUAGAUGUGUAUACAGCUCUUGGCAACGUCGGCUUGUAUAGCUCAUAUAUCGGCCUUGUUCCUGACUUUAAUGUGGGAUUUACUAUCCUAGCUAAGGAUAGUAGUACGAGCCCAGACCUCAACGCUCAUACUGGCGUUAUCGGCGACGCCUUGCUACCCGCCCUAACUAAGAUCGCGGCCAUCCAAGCAAGCACAAAUUUUGGAGGAGUCUACUCUUCAACUACAUUAAACACAUCCAUCGCCGUCUCUGCGGAUAGCUCGCCAGGUCUAGCUAUUGAUACAUGGAUCAGCAACGCCACCGAUUUCCGAGCGACAUUGGCGGCUUUGAAUGGGAUUGGCAAGGUUGAUGCAUUGAGCAUACGGCUUUAUCCAACACAUCUUACCUCCAAGCGAAAAUCUAUAUCAAGACAAGCAUUUAGAGCGGUCUUUCAGGACAAAGACGAGUUCGCUGACUAUGGAACGGCUACCUGUGUAUCAUGGCUGGGCGUCGAUAAAUUCAAGUACGGAGGAGCGUCACUUGAUCUGUUUAUUUUUGAGGUGGACUCUAAUGGCAAAGCGUUGGCUGUUGAGAUACCAGCAUUGAAGGUCAGGCUUGAAAAACAGGCAUAG